AGAACGAGAGGAGAGAACGACGGCGGCUCUUCAGUCUGCACGCGGCGUCGCGACGCAAUCCAGCCCGCGUGCAUCGCGCUCUCGUGUGCUUGCCAUCUCUCUUCGAAACUCAAUGAAAUCGACUUUUCUUGAGACAAAUUGAUCCGGCGGGUGAUCCGGCAAUCUCGAGUCCUUUCUGCCGAAUGAUCGAGGGAUUGAAGACGGAAGUGCGGCAUCGCGAUCAUUGAAUCAUUGAAUCGGCGGAGUCAGCCUUGGAGUUCCCGUUGUGAGUAGCAGCCUACGGAAUUUCGUCAAAUACAUAUCGUGGAGCGACGACGUCAGUGCGACUGAUCAUCCGCCUGUUAAGGGCGAGUGGUCUCGUCGUCGAUCGUCCGUGUCGUCCUGACGCGACGUGACAGUCUGGAAGACAUCGCGUCAUGACGUCGUACGGAAGAGGACACGUCUACGAGGACGAAGGCAACUUGACCUGAAGUAAGGUCUUACAGGCGAGGAUAAGUACGGACUCGGUUACUGCCGCGAGAGCGACAAUGUCAACGCUCGCCACGGACACAUCACCAUCCACCGUCGCUGAAGAACUGACGACUGUUCUCGUACCCACCGUCACCAGGAUAGACACGCGACUGGACGUCAGUCCCAUCUCGGUGGUUCUAGCGGUUUCCAUAGUGUGCAUUCUGUCACCUAUUACCAUCACCGGGAACUCCAUCAUCCUGGCUGCCUUCUACAAGUACAAGAGAUUGCGGACCGCCUCCAACUGUUUACUAGUCUCCUUGGCCAUUAGCGAUUUCGGGGUCGGUGUGUUUAUGCCCUUCGGGAUGCAAUUGGAGCUCUCCGGUCUACCGGAAAACGGCGUCUCCGUCCUCUGCAUCGUGCCGUACUGCAUCAUAAUCGCGCUCUGCAGCGUAAGCGUUCUGAUGACGGUGGCAAUCGCGGUUGAUCGUUUGACUUCAUUGGCGCAACCAUUGCGAUAUAAGAACAUCAUCACCCACAGCAGCAUAGAGAAGUAUAUUGCGGUCUUUUGGAUAUAUGCUAUUAUCAUCGGCCUCUCGCCCCUCAUCUACGCUCAAAUCACCGGAAAGAUGCAAUCGCACAGCGGAAGCUGCAGAUUCGAUGCCGCCGUCCUACCGCCGGUCAGGGUGUUUCUGUUCGUGGCAGUCUGGGCACCAAGCGCUCUGGUCCUUCUGAGCUGCUACAUGUACGUUUAUCUCGUCGCUCGUGCACACGCACGCGCAAUUUACACAGUGGAAUUAUCAUUCAGACAUCAAACGCAGACCUUGGUGCUGCCUCGUUAUGGACAGACGCUGGCGGUUACGGUCGGUGCGUUCCUCAUCCUGUGGCUUCCAUUUCAAACUUGCAUGUUGGUAGACAUCUUCUGUGGCACCAACAUUCUGUCGGAAUGGGCGGUGGUGUGGCUGGGUCUGCCGAUUCUGGCGCACAGCGGGGCGAAUCCAUGGGUCUACGCUUUUCAUCAUGGAGAAAUGCGCGUCGCCGCCGGGAAGAUUGCCGAAGAUCUGGUCGCUUUGUUCGGCGUGAUGCCGAGUCGCUACGGUUGUUCACCCACGAGACGCGGUUCGAACACGAAUCUCGAACUGGCCGAGGUGAACAACGAUAGCAACGAGAGUAGACGGCAUCCGUCCGUGGAGAACUGCUUCACUGCCGCCAAACCGCAUAACGUCCUCUACGCCAGCAGAAGAUCUGCUCUGGAGGUGUCGGGCAGGCAGACCGAUAUCUCUCUCGAGAAGCACGACCAUAUUGAACAUGUUGCCUCCUGCAGCAGCCGACCGGACGACAUAAUCGAGGAGAAUAUCCACGAUCUGACGAAGAUGCUCGAUCCAAAGUACAUAAUUGAUCGGAAUCAUGUAAUUGACUCUAAUCACAACAUCGACAAGAUCAAGAAUCUCAAAUAUUUGUUAGAUCCGACCUUCAACAAGAUCAGGCAUCUUCGACGAUUGAAUCAUAAGCGGUUGAACGACAAGAGCUUCCCGUUCAUCUCUGAGCCCAAAUUCAUAUCUUAUCAGAAUCUGAAGAGCGACGGAACGCAUGGCAGUCGCAAGUUUUUUCCAUUGAACGCAUUGUCGGAUCCGAUGCUGAACGGAUCGAAUACUUCCGUAGUGGAUACAAAAGACUUCAACGAAGCGCUCUGUCACAAUAACAUUGUUCCUCAAAGGCGGAACUCGAAUUUGUCGUCCAUGUCAGAUUCCAAUCUCAAGGCGGUCACGGCGAAUGCUUCCGGGAGGGGCAUAAAACUCUUUCCGGCGAGCGGCGACGGCACGAAAAAUCAUGGCUGCUCAGUGCAAAAUCUCGAUCAUGGAUACGAGGCCGCGUUAGCGAGACACGCAAUGAUGCUCUCUCAACAACUGGAAGAUCAACGCAGAUCUACCAACAAGACCAUCUCGCAUCCACGACCCAAGUUCCGUCAUUUCGGACGCGCCAGCCCGAAUCUGAAGCUCAGGCUGCGGAAUAACUCUUCCGCAUCGUCGUCGUCGAUGUCCAAUAGCGUUAAACCGGACUCUAACGCAAGCACACCGAGGCGAAGCAUUUCACCGAGUAUUCCACAUGUGACCAUUACGUCGAACAAGUUGGCUAAUCUUAUUAAUCUAGAUCCACCGUCGAGAAACACGCAUACGCACAGAAUAAAUCUUACUGCCAGAACUGUGACACAAACUCGCAAAACUCCGGAUAUGCUGAAGCACUCCGAGUCGAUUAAUACAAUCGAUCCGUAUUCGACGCACCGUGUAACUCUGCUGGAGCCUUUCAACUUAAUGGACUCCUUAAUCGUCCCGACGAUACACUCGGAACCGCCGAGUCCCAUCGAUCCUUUCCCCUCAGCAUCCCUUAAGGACGAGGAAACGCAGAGUCUUGAGAUCCCAGGAUCUGCAAACAACAAUGUCGCACAACGCGCUAAGUCACCUCUAGGUAAAAAAUGCAGUCCUGUGAGGCACUCGGAUCCGGUGAUACCAACCGUGCUGCUGAAUAUCGAAGACUAUAGCGAACCGUCCGUGCGAAGCGAUAAUCAAACGACGAGUCAAGAGAAUAAUCUUCUAUCCAGUAACACGCCGACGUUGGAACCGAUCGAUUUGUUUGAAGCGUUGUUGAGGAACUCGGACAAGGGUAAGGAUGCGAGAUUACCAGAGCCCAUCUUCGCCGAGCACGACUCCACUCGAUUUAGUUCGAGACGGCCAUCCGACUCAAAGUGGUCCGAAUCCUCGAGGAGUCAGGAGAUUCUGCCAAGUGUGACGGAACAUCAAACAUUCCCGUCGUCCUAUUCGGUGAACGAUUUUCAAACUUGCAACAGUGGCAGCGACCUCAACGAUCUCACGUCCCUGGAUCCGUUCAUGUGUCCUGAUGCUUUGUCGUCGUCCCUGCGCGAGUCCUUCUUCAGCGCACCGUCUGUACCCGACUCGGACAUCUUCACGUCCUUCGAGGAGAGUGACGGACCGAUCUUCACGCCCGAUUUCACGCCUGAUUUUGAGCGCGACACGUCGUCAGCGUACAAUUCCAUGUCGACGGUAAAUCUGAAGAGAUGCGUUAUCGAAGCGGCGUUUCAGAGCAGAUCUACAGAAUCGGUGCAUCGAGUCAGGUAUCCGUCGACGCGAUCCUGUGCAAUUCUCAAACUGGAGCCAGCUGUGCAUUCGAACAGAUUACGUGUUAGACCUUGCACGAAUUACAUUCUGAAAGAUCCGCCGAUCAAAAGAAAUCCGCGAUUAGCGCCUCUUGCCAUUCCGACGCCCACUGACAUUUGUACACCCACAUUCGACAUCGUAUCGGAAAUCAAAAGCGACAAUGGUGUCGGUGUCAGAGUAUAAAGCGAGAGUGUUAAAAGAAACAGAUAUAAACGAAGAAUUUGCAAAUUUCCAUUGUGCACAGAGUAUUCCGUACAAAUGCUUACUAGUCACAGAACUUUAUUCUCUUGAAAAAAAUUUAAAAAUAAAAUUCAAAGGCCUCUAUUGGUCGUGUGUAUGUGUCGUCCAA